AUGUUAGGAAUGCAAAACCUAGACAGUGCGAGUAAUUUGAACCCAGCAAAUACAGAGAAUAGCCAGCCAAGUACCAGUAGCAAAAGCAUCAGUGUGAUUGAAAUCCCCCAAGCAAGCCCCGUUAAUACCAAUAAAGAAACAGUUAUCAACAGCCCAUCUGGGUCUAUACAAAGCAACCCUGAACAGAGUCAAAGUCAAUCCGAAAUAAACGACAAAGUAGGAACUGUUUCUAGCGUUACCCUCUGUGGGUUUCAGAUGGAGAAACCCAAAUUACCCAAGUUCUCUGGUGAUGUCCAUGAAAAUGUGAUUUUUCGAGCCGAUUUUAAACACGCCAUUGAGUCUAGAUAUGUUAAAAGAGACGCUAUCACCCUGUUGCGCACUUGUUUAAAGGACAAGCCACUCGAGUUGAUAAAAGGUAUUGGAUCUGAUUACGAUGCGGCAUGGGAAUACCUGGAUUCUAUAUAUGGGGACCCCCGGUUUGUGACGAACACUAUUACGCAGGACAUU